ACAAUUUUAAUAUACAAGGCUUAAUUUGGAUUUGCAGCGUGAAAGGGAAACUGACAAUGGAGUUGAAGGAUCAUGUCCCCGAGCUAACAACUGCCUCCAGAGAGGAAGCCGUGGCUAAUAAAGAAAUUGUGAAGUUUGAUCCAAGCCGAAUGAUUGGUAUUAUCAAAAGGAAGGCCUUGAUAAAAGAGUUAGCUGCUGCGUACCAUGCUGAAUGUAUUGCCUGUGGUCAGGAACUUUUGCAACUUCAGAAAAAGUUGGAAGAGCAGCAGUAUGCGGAAAGAAAAGCUCCAGAGGAGACAAGAAAGGCGCUGAAAAGGCCAAAGAAACGAUCAAAGAAAGAACACUAAGUUUUGAUGAACCGUCUUCAGAUUGCUCGUUAACGAUUUUAAUAACUGCAGCUCAGCUUUGUAGUGUUUAUAACACCAAUCUGUUUGUAAACUACAGUUGUACCCUCUUUUUCCUUUUAUGAUAUAUGUAUUGAUGUGAUAUAUAUGACGUUUUUGAUGAGGUACUUAUUAAAUAAAAGUGAAAGAAGGAAAUAUCUUUUUGUUUUGA